AUGGCACUAAAAUACCCGCUCAUCAUACGUCGCAAGAAAGACGAUAUUGCCAAGUUCGCCUGCUUAUGGUAUCCCCAGGCCCGUAAGCGGGAGAUGGAGGCACUGGCGCUCUACUCGACGUGGCUGGUGUGCUGGGAUGACGCUGUCGAUGCUAACGAGGGUGAUCUGGCGGGUGAUUUCUCAAGCGCGGAGCGUUGGAGACGGCAGACUUUGGGCAUGGUUCGUGAGGCUUUGGCCGUUGACGGAAUGUGUGCACGUGGAUCAGACGGUGAUCCGAUUAACGACGUAUUUCAAGAUUUCGGCUCGAGGAUCUGCGAGACGGCGUCGAGGGAUCAGCGGCGGGUCUUACAUGAUGAGAUACAGCUAUUUACUGCUAGCUGUGCAGCUGAGCAGGAAUUGCGCCUGGCUGGUCGCGUGCCGGACUACGAGUCGUAUAUGAAGCUCAGGAUUGGCACCGUCGGUGGCAGGAUGCUUUGCAGUCUUGUCCCGUAUGCUACGCAGGAGAGACUACCGCAAGCAGUCCUUUUGAGCCCCGAGGUACAUCAGCUGUGGACACAAGUGUGUAUUCUGCUGAGCUUGUUGAACGAUGUGUUAUCGUUGAAGAAGGAGUUGCAGACAGAUUGUGUCAUUAAUGCUGUUGCUGCAAUGAUGGAGCCAAGCACGACGUUGGAUAUGGCGAUUGCUGAGUUGGAAGUAAGAAUGAGAACAGCAGUCGAGGAGUUUAACAAUGUUGCGAGCAAAUUGAUCAAGGAUACGGAAGCGGAAAGAGAAAUACGGUCUCUUGUUGAGAAAUACGUUGAGGGAUGUCGCUGUAUUGUCACUGGUACUCUCGAGUUUACGUCUGUAUGCCCCUAG